AUGCUGCGACGCUAUGCGCCAACGUUGAGAUCCUUCCAAAGUGUGAAGUUUCGUUGGCGCAAGACUGCAACGGUCACGCUGACGUCGACGCCGAGUCAACACAGCGCUGCGCCAGGUGAUUGGCCCAAAUUGAACGGAGCGAACUUGGACAGUUUGCCGGAAAAAGUCAGCUGGGCGCGACUUUGGGCCGAUGGAGUGACCCCGCGAAAGGGUGUGGUGCUGGCAAUGCAAGAUUAUGGAGCAGUGAUCGCGAUCAGCCAAGCGCAAAAAGGUUUGGUUCCAGCGUCCGCCACCAGCGCUUCCGAGCUGGCACAGCUGGCACGCGGCGCGCCGGUCAUGGUAUACAUCACCAGCAAGUCGUUCGACACCCAGAAGUUCAACCUGGCGCUAACUCCCUCCGCGGAGCCAUCGCAGCGGUUGUUCCGCAUGAAGUGCGACGGCAGACAUCCGUACUCAGGAGUCGUGUCAUCCAUUGCAGACUUCGGCUACUUCGUUGACGUAGGCUUCGAACGGCCGGGAUUCCUUCCGCUGCGCGAGCUUCCCGAGGGAACAGAAUUCAACAUCGGUGACCAGCUGACGGUCUAUGCAACGAGUCAACACUGGCGCUCGGGCCGCUUCAACCUAUCGCUUCGACAGCUCGAGAAGCCCAAGAAACCCAAGCAGCACCUGAUUGUAGAUGGGCUCACUCCUUACCAGGGCAUCAUCCAAGCAGUGGUGGAUCGUGUGGCAGUGAUUGACUUCGGUUUUGACGCUCGCGGGAUGCUGCUGGUUGAUGAUGAUGUGGAAGUGGGCACCGAGUUGACAGUCUACGCCGUGCGACGCAUGCGGCGCAAUCGCCGUGUUUUUCUGUCGCGGACGCCUUCCAUCCGCCGUGUGCUGAUGCUGAAGGAUGUGGUGGCCGAUGGGCAGACACCAUACAGUGCAAAGAUUGCUGGACCGCCACGUCCUGGUUUUGGCGUCAAUCUUGACAUCGGCUGUGAAGAGCUAGCCUUGCUGCCCGACCAUGAGAUUGCUGUCGCUCCACCGUUGGAAGACGGGAUGCCCGUCUACAUCCAGCAUAAAACUGCCUUCAACGGCCUCCUCUUGGCUUCCACCACGCGCCGUGCCGUGCCGCGGGAGCGGCUGACCGCAUUGCAGGCAGAUGGCUGGACGCCGUAUGAAGGCGUGGUGAUGCGACGAAACGAGUCUGGCACCCUGGUGGACAUUGGCUGUGAAGUGCCAGGAUUGCUGCUGCCCAAAGAGGAGCUGCCACAGGUUGCUAUGACAAGGCAAGGGCCUGUGGCGGCCCUGCUCCGUCCAGUGCCAGAUCCUGAAGAGAGGCUGCGUGCCGGUGCAAAGGUCACAGUGUACGUUUGGUCAAAGAGCUGUUUUACAGGGAGAGUGCAUGUGGCUUUGGAGCCCAGGCCCCAACAGGGCAUGCCGCUGCACUUGCUACCAGUAGAUGGAGUAACUCCACUCGUGGGUAUGGUGGCGAGUAUUUCAGAGGUGGGCGCCUACGUGGAUUUGGGUUGCGAGCUUUUGGGCCGCCUCGGCCGCAGGGAACGCGGCAAUGAGAGGACGCGGGAGUUGUCCAAAGGCGACGUCGUGGAAGUCUUCGCGCGGCGGCGCAAUUUGGAGGGCGGCCGGAUCUCCUUGGGCAUGCUGCCGGACCCACAGCGUCGCUUGAGUAUCGAUGACGUUGGUCGAGGAGAGCAUGAAGGUAUCGUGGUCUCUGUGCAGCAUGGGGUGGCCUUCAUUGAUUUCUAUUGCGAAGUCUCCGGGAUGUGCUCUGAGCUCUUGAACUCGAAACGCCUCAAAGAAGGAGAUCGUGUACUGCUCCGGGUGGAACACUUGGAUGAUGCUGGACGUUUCUUGGUUGUGCCUCUGAAGAUUUUACACGACCAUCCGCAGGUGGAGGCAGAGAUCGAAGCACGUCAUUUUGGGAUGUGUUCGAGGCCGCCAAAGCCCUUACGGGAGAAUGAAAUUCUCUACAAGGAUCUGGUGCAGAAUUUUUUGCGUGGAAAAAAAUGUUCGACUCUGCUCGAAUGAAGACAUCGUUGGAUUGGUUCACGG